CCCGGCGGAUUUGGCUCUCUGUUCUCUGUGUUUUUUUUCGGCUGCAGAAACGAGUCACCCUAUGUAUCCUCAAUCUUACCCUGCUCAGCCUCGCCCUGCUCAACCCUAUCCUGCUCAAGGGUAUUAUCAGGCACCCCCAGUAACGGCACCUCCACAGUACCCAGCCCCAGCAGCACGCCCUAGCAAGCUGGCUCGUUGCAAGAUUGUCCUUGACAUAUGGUAAUUUCUUUUCCUACCAUGUUUCUGAGACUCUGGUUUGUUAGAAUUUAAGGAUCUACGUAUGCGAAAUUUAGAAUGCUAAAAUAUAACGAAAUAAAUAAAUUAUUUACUU